UUGUGUUUCCUCUUGUCGAGAAACGUGGUUGAUUCGCGUGUGGCAUAAUUUUUCGUAAAGUGUUCCUUAGUGUGUGUUGUUAUUUUUGUUAAUUUGUUGUCAUACUUUGUGUUCACGAUGACAGAGGAACAGAAGAGCGAGAAGCUGCUCGCGCUCAACCCCAGUGAAGAAGCCGAGUUUCAGAGGAAAGUACAGCAAGUGAAGAAGCGACAGAAAGCGGCCUUGUCCCCGGGUGUGGUGUAUGUGGGACAUCUUUCCCGGACCCUCGCCGAGCCACAGCUCAGAACUUACUUCUCUCAGUUUGGCAAAAUCCUGCGCUUGAGGCUUUCCAGAUCAAAAAGGACUGGCCGGAGUAAAGGCUAUGGCUUUGUGGAAUUUGACUGUGAUGAAGUGGCCAAGAUUGUGGCAGAGACAAUGGACAACUACCUGAUGGGAGAAAGGCUGAUUAAAUGUCAUGUGGUGCCACCUGAGAAAGUCCAUGAAAAACUCUUUGUUGGUUCUGGGAAAUUGUUUAAGAAGCCCAUUAAUCCAGCAGUUGGGCGUUAUAACAGAGGUCACAGUGAAGAAGAUAUAAAGAAACUUACUGACAAGCUUCUUAAAAAAGAAUCUAAACUUCGCAAGAGACUGGCGGAAAGGGGCAUUGACUAUGAUUUUCCAGGAUUUGCUGCUCAAAAUCCAGCAAAGAAGACACUGUCAGGUGCUGAAACAUCUGUCUGCAGUGAGGACAACACACCAGUCUGUACACCUUCAGUCUUGGAGAGGAGACGGUCUAUAAAAGUCAAGGAUGAUGAUGUGGAUGAUGAAAUUGUUCUCAAAAUUCCAGCAAAAGACAGUGAAGAUGUAGAAACCUCUGAAGAAGACACAGAGGAGGAAGGAUCAGAAGAGGAAGAGUCACAUGUAGAUAAGGACUGAACCUCUGUUUUUCAGGAGGAAAUAAAGAACUUUAUUCAUGAAAAUGGGCUCAAUUACAACAUCUGUAAUUGUACUGAGGUUUCUCAGAUUCUCUCAGAAAAAGAGAGGAGUUACCUAUGCAGCUGUUGGACUGUUUUAGCAUUUGCACAUCUCUGAUUAAAAGGUUUUUAAUGCAUAUGUGUUCUUUGCCUGGGCCUCAGAUGAGGAUAAUUUGUCAGUUUUGUUAAAACCCCUAAUGCUUGGCAUGUAAUGUUACCCCUUUAAUGUGUAGCCCCUCACUCACUUGUGUUUAGGCUGAUUAUACUCCCGAAGAACAAAAACACACAAUCAUUAGAAUUUACUUUCAUGCAAAGUAUUGAAAUGCAAACCUAAAUGCUGAUCUUAAAAACGUGGGUUACUUAGCAGACGCGCAGUGAUGCAUAAUGUGGUCCUUGUGCUGCAUGUUAUUUUCUUUCAGAUAACUGUUUAAGUGUGUAUGGUUUGUAAAUGGAUGUUAGUUCUGGAAAAUCUAACUAAACAUUUGUUUUCCAUGUAAUUAUAUUAUAAUACUUGUCCAAAUAAAAAGAAAAAUACCUUAAACAAAUAUUA